UCUGACAGCUUUUCUACUGGCCAUCAUCUUGAAACCAUGCAAAAAGAACCUGUGGAAGGAAGUAUUCAAGAACUGACCCAAGUCAACACUGAUAUAGAUGAUGAGGAGGGUGAAAUUGUGCCUUGGAAAUCUCCCUCUGAUCAGUCCCACAACUCAAAGAACGUUGAGUCUUCAGAUAUAUUUGAGUCAAACAUGAUGAAUGAGAACCAAUUUAAUGCACUUUGUUCCAGUGAAGAUGAAGAAAAUAUUAUCAAUAACAUGAACAAAUUGAACUUGAAUGAAUGUAUAGUGAAUCAUGAUGAAAUAACUUUAACUCUGGAAGAGUAUAAAAACACUUCUGAAACAAAUGACCUGCUCACUUCCACAAAAGACAAACGGGUGGUCUGGCUGGACCCAGAGAAAGCAUUUUGCACCCUUACGGACCGAGAGCAGUUAACUGUAGAGGACUGUUCUGUUGGGUCUUGUUUACGUCAGUUCACCCAAAUGGAAAAACUCAUUGGAGCAAAUAAACUGCUAUGUGAAGAAUGCACCCAAAGACAAUACAAGAAAGGAUCAAAAACCAAUGCAAAUGAUGAGAAGAAAGUGUACACGAAUGCCAGAAAGCAAAUGCUUAUAUCAUCUCCUCCUCCAAUUCUUACACUUCAUUUGAAAAGAUUUCAGCAGCUAGGUUUCAAUCUUCGCAAAAUAAACAAGCAUAUUCAUUUUCCACAAGUACUUGAUCUUGCUCCAUUCUGUGCAUUAAACUGCAAGAAUGUGGCAGAGAACUGUACAAAUGUAUUAUAUAGUCUGUAUGGAGUUGUGGAACACAGUGGCACGAUGAGAUCAGGACACUAUACAGCUUAUGUCAAGGUUCGAACUCCCAGCAGCUGCCUUACUGAAUACGCAAUGACGAGAUGUACACUGUCAGAAUUCAAAGGAGAGUCACCCACGGGAAACUGGUUCCACAUAAGUGAUACCCGUGUGCAAGCUGUACCAGAGACUAAAGUUCUAAGUGCCCAGGCCUACCUGCUCUUUUAUGAGAGAAUUCUCUAACUGUCAUCUAUGAAACAAUACAUCAGUUUAUGUCCAAAUUGACCACUUGUUAAUUUCUGGCAGAAAAACAGAAAGUAGUAUCCAGGUUCUAAAUCUAUGCAACAUUGAGAUUAAAUAAUUAUUGCCUAUAGUUUCACAAGGGAAGGUAGAAAUGGCUUGUACUUAUGAACCCUCAUGUACUAUUGUAGGUUAAGAAAUGUUUAUUAAGCAAUACAGUAAUUGAGUGUAAGCCAUACAAAAAUAACAAUGUAUUGACAAGAUGUUUUGUGCUUUACACAAAAUAUACAAGAUUGUCAAUGUUCACAUUUGAUAAUUUUUAAAGUAUUAAAUUAUUCUACUUGUCUACAUGUUGUGAAAUGAUGUUUGAGCUUGAAUGUCAGGAAGACAACUAUCUGUUGAUCAGACCAACUGACUUUCACUCAAGUAGAGGGUUAACCAUUGGCAGCUGCUUGAGUUAAAACUGAACUUAGUACUUGUUUCAAUGUAUAAUGUAAUGUUGUACAGUUCAUUGUAAAGUCACAGGCAAUUAAACUUGAAUAAAAUGUGUUUAUAUUCCUUG